AUGUCCGCUUUCCUCACCACAAUCGCAGCUGGACUGCAAGGAAACCAUACCGACGUGCUCAACCUCAGCGUGGAUCAGGUCAGUCUUCAAUUCUUCUCCUCCCUACGCUCUUACUUCCCAUGGCUCGAUAGGUUUCUAGCCGUCGUUCUACCCGUUGCAAUCCURCUCACCGGUCUCUGGCAACAUGUCUCCAGAAUCUACACACUGACCAGCGGCGUGCAGAAAUCCCUACUAUCUCAUCUCACCGUACCUGGCUCUCAUGAGCUUAACAAGUUGGUAUGUUCCCAUCUAUCAAAGCAAGGAUUCGGACAGAACCCACGCUCAGUACAACUCGCGCCAUACGAUACCGCCUCUAAGGACUCCAACGGUCUGAACUACCUGCCCGCCCCGACUACGGACGCUUGGUUCAAAUUCAACGGCACUUGGCUCAAAUUCACUCGCAAAGACGUACAAACGCCCAACAACAACUUCCAUCCCUUUCUCCAUGAGACGCCCGGUGUUCCGGACCCCGACGUCACCCUCUCCUGCUUCUCGUUGACCGGAAACGUCAAGCCCAUUAGGGAUUUUCUUGAUCAUCUGAAACAGGAAGCAAAGGGCGAGAAGCACACGACUCGAAUCAUACGAAUAAUUCCCGGCCAAGGUGGAUAUGGCGGGUUUGGAACCCGCUCGGUCUACAAGCCUGCGAGAAAGCUCGACUCCGUUGCCAUGGAUGCAUCGAAAAAGAGCGAAAUGGUUACGACCAUGACGGACUUUAUUGCUUCCGAAAACUGGUACGCGGAUCAAGGUAUUCCCUGGCGGAUAGGUUACCUGUUCUAUGGGCCUCCAGGGACAGGUAAGACCUCGAUAGCCACCGCCAUUGCUGGACACUUCAAUAUUCCGCUGGUCAUCGUAAGUCUGGCCCAACCUGGGAUGAACGACACGACGCUUCAGCAAGUCUUCGACGACCUUUUGCCCCCCAACUGCGUUUGCCUUUUGGAGGAUAUAGAUUCCGCGGGAAUCGGGCGCGAAGGAACCGCGAAGCCAGCCGACGAGGACUCCGACAACAACCCCAGCGAUCCCCGGACCACCGCGCUCAUGAGUCGCCCAGUCAAACCCAAGCCAGGCGUCAGCCUGGCUGGCCUGCUCAACGCCAUCGACGGAGCUGCCUCACACGAGGGUAGGAUCCUCGUGUGCACCACCAACUCUCCCAAUUCUCUCGACCCAGCACUUCUUCGUCCGGGGCGCAUCGACAUGAAGAUCCUCUUUGGAAACGCUUCAGCCGAGGUCACCGAAAGCCUCUUCCGCCAUAUYUACAAGGACAUCAGCGGCGAGCGCACCAGCCCAGACGUGGCGCAGAUGGGGAGACGUUUUGCGGCUUCCAUCCCAGAAAAACAGGUAACGCCAGCAGAGAUCCAAAACUUUCUUCUUCCACAUCGUACCGACCCGUCCAAGGCGCUCGACGGUGUGGAGGCGUGGGUGAAGGACAUGCUUGCUUCCAAAAAACAAAGCGGCAACGUUGCGAGCUUCGAGGGGCAGAUCUGA